AUGGCGUGGCAGCCGGAGCCACAGCAGCUGCACCAGCUUGCACAAUGUCUGCGCGACUCACUCAGCGGCCACGAUGCUGCCGCUCAGAAAAAAGCGGAAAUGAUGCUUCGCCAGGCAAAGGGUUCUCCUGACAUCAACAACUACCUCGUAUACCUCUGCAUCACGCCGGAAUCCGACACAGGUCUGRGUGUGGAGAACUACCAUGCGGCUCGCAGCGCAGCUGCCAUCAUGCUCAAGAAUACUGUCAAAUCCUCAUAUACCAAGAUCCCAACCGACAGCCAAGCGUACAUCAAAGCGCAUGUCCAGCGGGGUCUGCAAGAUCGCAACCCUCAAAUCCGCAACUACAUCGGGAAUGUGAUCACGGAGGUCGUCAAGCAGAGUGGCAUUCUUGGGUGGCCGCAGAUCCUGCCAGAUCUUGUAGCUGUGGUGAGCAACGAGAACCGAAAUGCUACAGCCGRGGCGCAGGAUGGUGCCAUGGGCGCACUGUUCAAGAUCUGUGAAGACAACCGCAAAGCACUCGAUCAGGAGUACCAAGCAGAACGACCUCUGUCCUUUCUUCUGCCCAAACUCCUCGAUUUCACACAAAGUACAAGCUCGAAGAUCCGGUCAAAGGCGCUGGCUGCCAUCAACGUCUUCCUGGUCGAGCCUGUGGCCGUCACCAUCAAGACUCACGUCAAUGAGAUUCUACCCUCGGUAGUUCGACUGUCGCAAGAUGAAAGUGUUGACGUGCGUCGAUUCGUAUGCCGCGCUUUUGCCCUUCUUGCGGAUGCUAUUCCUCAGGUACUUUUACCACACGUCGAAGGCAUCGUCGACUACACCAUUUCACAGCAGAAAGACAUUCACAAUCAGGAGCUAGCCUUGGAUGCUGCCGAGUUCUUCUUCGAGGCGAGCAGUAACGCAGCGCUACGGGAAGCCCUCGGGCCUCAUCUUGCGAAGAUCGUACCCGUCCUGCUCGACUCCAUGGUCUACGCCGAGGACGAUCAACUACGACUCGAAGCCGACGACGAUGAUGACGAUGCUGAUGUUGAAGACGACCUCAAGGAUAUCAAGCCGGCAUUCGCCAAGGAGAAGACCUCACAUCGUGAUGCCAUGGGAGGUAGCUCAGCGUCGCAGGCAAAUGGACAGCCGAAACCGGCCUUGAAUGGCUAUGCGUACGCAGAGGAUGACGACCUCAGCGAUGGCGAGAUUGAAGAAGAUGAAGAUUUCGAAGACAUCGAUCCGGAAGAGGAAUGGAAUCUUCGCAAAUGCUCUGCCGCAGCUCUGGAUAGUCUUGCGAGCCACUUUCACGGGCGGGUGUUCCAAGAAGUUCUACCAUGGCUCAUGGCCAAUCUGCAACACAAGGACUGGCCCAAUCGAGAGGCGGCCGUUCUGGCACUCGGUGCCAUUGGCCCCGGUUGCAUGGAAGACAUCAAACCACAUUUGGCGCAGCUCAUUCCUUACAUGCUGACGCUCCUCGGAGAUGAGCAACCAGUCGUGCGGCAAAUAACCUGCUGGUCGCUCAGUAGAUACGCGCAGUGGGCGGCGCAUGACGAAGGAGCACCAAAGACACAAUUCUUCGAGCCGAUGAUGGAAGGUCUCCUAAACCGGAUGCUGGACAAUAACAAGAAGGUUCAAGAGUCGGCAGCGUCCGCUUUCGCCGCGCUUGAGGAAAAGGCCGAUGUUCAACUCGCACCUUACUGUAACGUCAUCCUCCAGCAAUUCGUCAAAUGCUUUGACAAGUACAAGGACAAGAACAUGUACAUCCUCUACGACUGCGUCCAAACCUUGGCGGAGCAUGCUUCGCCAUCUUUGGCUCAGCCCGAAAACGUCAACCUCCUCAUGCCAGCUAUGAUCGUGCGCUGGGAGACAGUGCACGACCAGUCGCGAGAAAUGUUCCCACUCCUCGAGUGCUUGUCAUUUGUAGCCACUGCGCUCGGCACAGAGUUCGCGCCAUAUGCGCCGCCGCUCUUCAUGCGCUGCAUCAAACUCAUUCAGCAGAAUCUCGAAGAGGCCGAGGCGGCCUACAUGGACCUGCCUGAUAAGGAUUUCCUCGUUACUAGUCUCGAUCUCCUCAGCAGCAUCAUCCAAGCACUCAACGAAUCUCAAAGUACUCAGCUCGCGACGACGGCGCAGCCCAACAUGUUCCAGCUGAUCGGCUUCUGCAUGAGAGAUACCAACAAUGAUGUGAAACAGUCUGCGUAUGCGCUGCUGGGCGAUUGUGCCAUCUACAUUUUCCCUCAGCUGCAGCCUUUCCUGCCGGACGUCAUGACCAUCUUGAUCACACAGCUCGACAUCAACGAGCCGACCGAAGACCCCGAGACUGCCUUUAGGGUUAUCAACAAUGCCUGUUGGUCUUGCGGUGAGAUCGCCAUGAGGCAGAAGGAGGGCAUGAGCCCUUAUGUUGACGCUCUGCUCGAGAAACUUGCCACCAUCAUGUUCAGCGAAGAUGUCCCGGAUUCACUCAACGAAAACGCAGCUAUUGCUCUGGGCCGCCUGGGAAUUGGCUGCCAUCAGCAGCUCGCGCCCCACCUAGCAGGUUUCGCGCCACCUUUCCUCCAGUCAAUGCAGAAAGUGGGCUGGACCGACGAGAAAGGACACGCCUAUAAAGGAUUCGUAAGUGUGGUCCUCGACAAUCCCCGUGCUUUGGAGGCCUGUCUUGCAGACUUCUUCGGUGAAAUGGCCAGAGCACCAGGUGUUUUCCUCACUGGAAUGCAAGAUGAUGGCCCUUUGAGUGGCUUCGAGCGUGUUCUGGCACAAUACAAGCAACUCAUAGGAGAUGGCUUUGAUGUCUUCCUUCACACGCUGCCACCGAUGCAGGAGCAGGCAAUUCGCCAACUGUACACAUUUUAG